AUGUCGCAGAGGAAAUUGCUUUUGCUUGGAUAUCCUACGGGUACGAUUGACUGCGAAAACUCCGAACAAUUACAAGAAUUAAUAUUAUUUCUGGAACACCAGCAUAUCAGAUUAUAUAAAAUUGAGGAUAGAGUUGGGUUGCAGUCAUCAGAUAUUGAAGUAUGGAAUAAAUCUUACUCGAAGUAUUUGGCCGAUUUGAAAUGUCCGUUUUCUUGUAAUAAAGACUCAGCUCAAGAAAUAAUCGACUGGCUUCUUGUCCGUGCGAUAGAUUCUUCUUAUCAGCAGAUUGCUGAAGCGAAAGACCUUACCGCAGAGAAAUACGAAUUGUGGAAGGCCGAGAAAGAAAAACAACAGAAAGCUAAAGAUCCUCUUAGUUCUAUCGAUUUUUCUACAAAAGAAUCGAGGAAAGGUAUGGAAGAUCUCAGAAUUACUUUGGGGAUAACGUCACAUACAGAUCCUUUAGUUGUACUGAAAGCUUGUUGUAAGUUUAUUACGAACAAUCUUUCUGAUGGAGCAAUCCAGGUAGCGAACAAAGAGGCACAGACUCAUAAGAAAACAAUGGCGUUGAGCCGUUUUGAUAUGGGCAUGAUAUCUAGCAAGAAUGGUACCAUCGAUGCUACCAUACGAGCUUUACGAUUAAUUCAUCUGGAGAAUUUACGUGAAGUUCAGACAAAGAUUAAUGAAGCCAUCGUUGCAGUGCAAGAAUUAACAGCUGAUCCGAAAACUGAUAAAAGACUUGGCAAAGUUGGACUUUAGUUCUCUUUUGCUUUUCAAUUUUUUCAUCACUUCUAGUUCGGAUUUUUCCAAGAUUUUGCAUAUACCCAUAUUACUCAUAUUUACUUCUGAAGAAAAGCCGAUUUUUCAAAAGUUUUAUUAUUUUUAUGUUUACAUCUCUAUUAUUC